CUCACUCAAACGGAACUCUUCCUUCUCCGCUUCAGCCAUGGGAACCCUAUCUCUCUCAUCUUCCCUCAAACCCUCACUCGUUUCAUCAAGACUCAGCUCAUCUUCUUCCUCCACGUCUUCUUCUUCCUUCCCCAAACCCAACAAACUCUACCUCAAACCCACCAAACUCAUUCCACCUCCCUUAAGAACCUCUCCGUCGCCACUGCGAUUCGCAAAUGCUUCGAUCGAGAUGUCGCAGACGCAGGAGUCAGCUAUUCGCGGCGCGGAGUCUGACGUCAUGGGUCUUCUUCUUAGGGAACGAAUCGUCUUUCUCGGCAGCAGUAUCGACGAUUUCGUUGCCGACGCAAUCAUGAGUCAGCUGCUGCUUCUAGAUGCUAAAGACCCUAAUAAAGACAUCAAACUCUUCAUCAAUUCCUCUGGUGGCUCCCUCAGUGCAACCAUGGCUAUAUACGAUGUAGUUCAACUUGUUCGAGCUGAUGUCUCCACGAUUGCUCUCGGUAUUGCUGCAUCAACAGCUUCGAUCAUUCUCGGUGCGGGAACUAAAGGCAAGCGCUUUGCUAUGCCCAACACGAGGAUAAUGAUUCAUCAGCCUCUUGGAGGUGCGAGUGGUCAAGCUAUAGAUGUUGAGAUCCAAGCUAAAGAAGUUAUGCAUAACAAGAACAAUGUCACCAGCAUUAUCGCUGGGUGUACUAGUCGGUCCUUUGAGCAGGUUUUGAAAGACAUUGACAGGGACCGGUACAUGUCUCCAAUUGAAGCGGUUGAGUAUGGUUUGAUUGAUGGGGUUAUUGAUGGAGACAGCAUCAUUCCUCUGGAGCCUGUGCCUGAUAGGGUGAAACCGAGAGUGAACUAUGAGGAGAUUAGCAAAGAUCCGAUGAAGUUCUUGACUCCCGAGAUACCUGAUGAUGAGAUUUACUGAAAAACUCAAGCCUCGUCUAGAACCAGGCUUUUUCCAAUGUGACUGGAGACUGGAUUCAAGUAAGUAUCAGCAUACUUUCUUCCAUGGAUUCAGACAUUGUCGAAGACUUGUUCUCGUAGGGAUCAAAUUCUCCUGUGGCCCACAAGGAGAUCCACUAUUCUAAAAUAAGCUUAUGUCUUUUCCUUUUUAUUUUUGAUUUAAAUUUAAAUAAAAACUAAACAAAUGGACCAAAAACUCCUAAGCACUUGAGUUUAUUACUCUACCUAAAAUCUGACCCCUAAUCAGACAUAAAACACCCGACCCACUAUUAAC